AUGUCUGAGACUCGAGAGGACUCCGUCUACCUCGCCAAGCUCGCUGAGCAGGCUGAGCGCUACGAGGAGAUGGUUGAGAACAUGAAGCGCGUCGCUUCUUCUGACCAAGAGCUCACUGUUGAGGAGCGAAACCUCCUCUCGGUCGCUUACAAGAACGUUAUUGGCGCCCGCCGUGCUUCCUGGCGCAUUGUUUCCUCCAUUGAACAAAAGGAGGAGAGCAAGGGCAACGAGACUCAAGUCACCAUGAUCAAGAAGUACCGCGAGAAGAUCGAGGCCGAGCUCGCUCAAAUUUGCGAGGACAUUCUUGACGUCCUCGACAAGCACUUGAUCCCCUCUGCCGCCUCUGGCGAGUCCAAGGUCUUCUACCACAAGAUGAAGGGAGACUACCACCGUUACCUUGCUGAAUUUGCCACUGGUGACAAGAGGAAGGACAGUGCGGACAAGUCUCUCGAGGCAUACAAGGCUGCCUCCGACGUUGCCGUUACCGAGCUUCCUCCUACUCACCCGAUCCGUCUCGGUCUGGCACUGAACUUCUCCGUCUUCUACUACGAGAUCCUCAACAGCCCUGACCGCGCCUGCCACCUCGCCAAGCAAGCCUUUGAUGAUGCUAUCGCGGAGCUUGACACUCUGUCCGAGGAGAGCUACAAGGACUCCACUCUUAUCAUGCAACUCUUGCGUGACAACCUCACCCUCUGGACAAGCGACAUGGCCGAUGCUGCUGCCCCCGAAGGUGCGGCUGCGCCCGAGAAGGUAGAGGACAAGCCCGCCGAGGCAGGCGAGGCCUGA